GAGAGAGAGAGAGGGAGAGAUCUCCGCAUGUGAACUAUUACCGGACAAAAGUGUCAUUUUAAGGCUGCAAUAACUUAUAACAAUUAGGUCGUUGAGCCAAUUACAGCAACUCUGACCGGACGAAGGACGAUUGGAAAUGUUGGCGUGUUCUACGUCCACCAUCAUCGGACUAUCUUCACCCAACUCUGGAGUUAUCGUCGUUGCUGCGGACUGAUGGGAUGCAAAGAUUGUAGUCCGAAUCUUAAACCCCUCCCGAGGCUCCGCGGACACGAUUCCUCUCCGUGGUGACGAUUGAGUGACAGCACACGUCAAAAAAGGCGCCCCGGAGCAACUUCCCGCCAGGUUUUAAAGUCUGGAAUAUUUGGAUCGAUGGUUCUCAUAAGACCGAGGAAGAGACGCACUUAAGUCCGGCAAAAUGUUCAAAAGCGGGUGUGGACUGGAGUUCCUGCUGGUCCUGUGUGGCCUGGAGUUCUCCUGGUCGUGUCCCCACCACUGCAUCUGCUACACGGCCCCAAGCACCGUCUCUUGCCAGGCGCACAACUUCCUGUCUGUCCCUGAAGGCAUCCCGCCCGACAGUGAACGCAUCUUCCUCCAGAACAAUAAGAUUCACCGGUUACUUAAAGGGCACUUCAGCAGCGACACGGUGACACUCUGGAUCUACUCCAACAACAUCACGUACAUCGAGCCCUCCACCUUCCACGGGUUCACGCUGCUGGAGGAGCUGGAUUUGGGAGACAACCGCCACCUGCGCUCCCUGGCUGAAGACACCUUCCACGGGUUGAAUCGACUCACUGCUCUACACCUGUACCACUGUGGACUCAGCUCACUUCCCAAUAAUAUCUUCCAAGGACUAAGAAGCCUGCAAUAUCUCCAUUUACAGCAAAAUCAUUUGAAGUUCCUUCAAGAUGACACAUUUGCCGACCUCCAUAACCUGAGCCACCUGUUCCUACACGGAAACCACCUGUGGAGACUCAACCAGAACACUUUCAGGGGUCUUCGGUCCUUGGAUCGUCUCCUUCUGCACCAGAACCAGAUCGAGUGGGUUCACCACUUGGCGUUCCAUGAUCUCAAACGUCUCACCACCCUCUACUUGUUCAACAACUCCCUGGUGCAGCUGUCAGGCGAGUGCCUGGACAUGCUGCCCGCCCUGGAAUACCUGCGCCUCAAUGACAAUCCCUGGUCCUGUGACUGCAAGGCCCUCACGCUAUGGGAGUGGUUACAACGCUUUAAAGGAUCGACGUCUUCUGUGGGUUGCAUGGCGCCUGUUGAUUUGGUCGGGAAAGACCUCAAGAAGCUUCCCGAGGAUGACUUCUCCAACUGUUCUCCCAAUUCUGAAUCCAGAGCCCAGACCAACAACUUGUCUGGCACAGUCAGCCCACCGUCCAUGAAUCGGGGCGUAGUGGCGAGCUCCGGGGGCCAAAGCAAUGUGGUGCACCCGUCGAGGCCCGGCCGUCCUCGCAACUGCCAGAAGACUCGCAAUCGGGGAAGCAAGGGGAAGAACGACAAUGAGGUCCACCACUCCAAGGAGGUCAUGGUGGACAAGGAGGACUCUUCUCCAGAUUUAUCCGACGGAGGGAAACAUGAUCACACAUCACCAGACGGCACCGUCACAAGAAGGAAGCACAAGUGUGUUCCGCGGACCACUGUUCGACCCCCGAGUGGGGUUCUGCAAGCCAACAACAGGGCGCCCUUGUUCCAGCCUUUAAUACACAUCUACGCCCUCGUGGUUGCCUUGACAACAAACACAGACUUUAUUCUCCGCUGAGCUACAGAGGCUUUGGUAAACGGUCACAAACAACAAUAUAGCCCAAAAACAAUCCUCUCUCGCUCCUGCACUACAAGGUCCGUGUGUGUCCUUUACGUGUGUGUGUGUGUGUGUGUGUGUGUGUGUGUGUGUGUGUGUGUGUGUGUGUGUGUGUGUGUGUGUGUGUGUGUGUGUGUGUGUGUGUGUGUGUGUGUGUGUGUGUGUGUGUGUGUGUGUGUGUGUGUGUAUGAGUGUGAUUAAGUGUACAUGUUGUGUAGGAAGUGUAACCAUUCAGAUGAGCACAAGCAUCAAGCGUCCACAACGGCAAGUAUCGCGAGGGGUUCUGACAGCGGAUUCAUGCAGACAGAGCGAGCACUGCCAAUGAGGCUAGCUUACAUUGUCACGUGUCUUUUUGUCGGUACGAGCUCUGGACCUCAGACAACCAAAUAAGUGACGAGGAAGGCAAGAAAUGUACAAGUCAAAUGUGGUCUUCUUCUGCAUUAUUGCUUGAUCAUUUGUGGCAUUCAUCCUGUCAAUGGGUCCCAAAGUGAGCAUAAAUAAUCAUUACCCGAACCGGGAAUGUAACUAUUCCUUCAAGAACAUGGAAUAUAUAGCCACUGCUGAUUUAAGGCCAUAAUUAACAAGCUCAAAUAUUCUAAGCUAACUAUUCCCCCCC